AUGCUUCGUUCUAACUUCAACUUUGGCUCCCAGGAGCGAAUUCUUAUUCCUGCUCAUGUUCCUGGAGCCAUCGUGACUGGUUCUGAACUCCAGCAAACCAGAAAGAGGAAAGCUCCCAAGGAAGCAGAGAGGCAAACCAUGAAAAGGAAGAAGAUCCCUGUGCCUUCAGAGAAUGUCUCUGGGGUGAAGAGGAAAUGCCUCGAAGACAAGAAAAAGCCAAGAAAGAGAUUAAGAAUCUCUGAACAGGAGAAAGCCACUGGAUCCUUAGAGACGAGGGAGACCGCCACGGUAACGUCCUCCAGUAAAGAAGACUUGGAAGAAAAAUACUUUCAGUUGGACUCACUGGGAGAGGGAGGCUUUGGUUCCGUGUAUGCCGGCUACAGGAAAAAGGAUUUCAUCCCUGUGGCCAUCAAGCAUAUCCCAAAGGACAAAGUCAAGAAUUACAUGGGUUCGAUUCCUCAAGAGGUGGCUAUAAUGCAGAAAUUAACCUCUAGACAAGAGGUCGGGCAAUCCGCUGCCAUUUCCCUCCUGGACUACUGCGACCUGAAAGAUGAGCUCAUCCUGGUCCUAGAGCGCCCGAUCCCUGCAAUGGACCUGUAUGAUUACAUGGAGGGCAGAGGCGAGCCCCUAAACGAGGAGGAGAGCCGGCAGAUGUUGAAGCAGCUGGUUGAUGCGGCUUUGGAGCUCCAGUCAAAGAAGGUGUUCCACAGAGACAUCAAGACAGAGAACAUCCUGCUGGAAACCGGCUCUGACGUCCCGCGGCUCAGGCUCAUCGAUUUUGGCCUGAGCUGCUUCUCAAAGAGGUCGUCAAAGUACCGGAUCUUCUGUGGUACUCCUGCACAUGCGCCUCCAGAGUUCGACCGACACGGCACUUACAGGGCCGACCCCACCACGGUGUGGCAGAUGGGGGUGGUCCUCUACGACCUGUUGCACUGGGGCAAGAAUGACUUUCGCACCUCCAAAUUUCUCAGGGGUGAAAUAUCUAUCCGUGCAGAUUUACCUCCAGGCUGCAAGGACUUCCUGAGGCGCUGCUUAAGAACAAACCCCAAGCGGCGUCCCUCGCUGGAGGAGCUGCGCCUCCAUCCCUGGCUGGCAUAA